AAAUGAACAGAUUAAACCAUGUGAGGGCAACCAAAAGGACCCAAAAGACAGAGUUUAGAGAGAGAAACAGACAUUGAGUCUACUUGGGAGGAUGCAUUUCACCAUUUUAUUGUUUGUGUCAUUGUUCUGCGGCUGGAUUUUGGCCCAGGAUGAAGGCGAUCCGCCUGGAACGGAGAUAUUUAAUGAAACACAGUCAUGCUUUCCUGAUAUGUGUAAUCUCCUGAAAGAUUUUGGUGGCUUGAGAGAAAAACUCAAAACUGUGGAAGCCAGACUGAAGGAAAGUGAAAACCAGCUUUGUGAACUGAAGAGCAAAGAGAGGACCAUGGUGGUGUUCAGUGCAGCAGCAGGAGGAGGAAAUAAAGCCAUUGGACCCUUCAGCACAGACAAAACCUUAAUCUACAGAAAAGUGAUAACAAAUAUUGGCAACGCCUACAAUCAAGUCACUGGUAUCUUUGCUGCACCUGUAAAGGGCAUUUACUACUUCACCUUCCAUCAUCACGCUGGAGGAACAAACAUAGUCAGUCUAUCGCUCAUGAAGAACAACGAGGUUGUUGUGAUGAACUAUGACCAUCGCACAACAGCAGACGGGGCUGAUAACGGAGGCAACGCAGUGUUCCUGCAGCUGCAGCAAGGGGACCAUGUGUAUGUGCGCUUGGAUGCAAACUCACACGUUUGGGGAAAUGAUGUCAUCACCACCUUCAGUGGUUUUUUGGUCAAUGAGGUUUGAGAGACUGUGAAUAAAGAUAUGAUUCAUUUAUCAUUA